UUCAAGAAUGAUAAACGACAUGGAUUAUAGCAAAAAGCAAUCAGAAGCAGCAAAGCAAGGCAAAGAACUCUGUGAGAUUGGCGAUGGAGUGUUUCACCACAACGUAAUGGAGAAUAGAAGAUCUGCAAAUUACAAACCCAAUAUUUGGAAACAUCACUUCCUCCAAUCACUCACUAGCAAAUAUAAUAAAGAAGAAUUUGGCAUGAGGUUAGAGAAGUUGAUCAAAGAAGCAAAAUGUCUCUUUGUGGAAGAGAUUGGUCCAUUGCCCAAGUUGGAGUUGAUCGCUACCAUUCAAAAUCUUGGUCUCGCAAAACAUUUUCAGGAAGAAAUCAAGGAGGCUCUAGAAACUCUAAUAUCUGUUCACAAUAACAGUACUAGAGUUCAAGAACAAGUGUGUAUCAACGUACUGUGCUUCAGGAUUCUAAGGCAAAAGGGAUAUUAUACUUCUCCUCAUAAACUUGGUACAAUAUUCUUACUUGGAAAGGAGAAUAAGUGGAAGAAACCAGCAACUUCUGAGGAUAUUAAAGGCUUAAUUGAGCUUCUUGAGGCCUCAUACUUAGCGUUUGAAAGUGAACAUAUCUUAGAAGAGAUUAGAACAUUUGCUAUCAAUUCUCUCAAGGGAACUUCCACUAAAUUGCUUGACUCAUCGGAUGUUUCAAAGCCAAUGGUCUAUCAUGCCUUAGAGCUUCCUUCUCAUUGGAGAAUUCAAUGGUUUCAGGUUAAACGCCACAUAAAAGAAUUUGGGAAAAACCACACGAAUCAUGUCUUACUUGAGCUAGCCAAAGGAAACUUCAACAUCGUUCAGGCUAAUCUUCAGAAUGAAGUUAAGGAAUUAUCAAGGUGGUGGAAGAAUCUUGGUUUAGAAAAAGACUUGAACUUUGCAAGGAAUAGAAUGGUUGAGAGCUUCAUGUGUGCAGCAGGAGUAUCUUGUGAACCAAAGUUCAAAUCUUUGAGAAAAUGGCUAACCAAAGUCAUCAAUUUUGUGUUGGUGAUCGAUGAUAUUUAUGAUGUGUAUGCCUCAUUCGAAGAAUUGAAGCACUUUACACUCGCAAUUGAUUGGUGGGAUGCAAAAGAACAUCAAAAACUUCCAAAGUUCAUGAAAAUUUUCCAAUCACUCAAUGAUGUCACCAUCGAAAGUGCUUAUGAAAUUGCCGGAGGAAACAACGUUGAUAGAGUCUUACCACACAUUAAGAAAGCGUGGAAAGACUUCUGCAAAUCUUUAUAUAUGGAAGCGAAGCGGUACAAAGAGGGUUACAUACCAUAUCUGGAAGAAUAUCUGAACAAUGCUUGGAUUUCAUCUUCCGGACCAAUGAUUCUACUGCAUGUAUACUUUGCUACUUUGUAUCAACCGCAACAUCAAAUCAACAAUUUUCUGCUGAAAAACCAAGACUUUAUCUUCAACGUAUCCCUCAUAAUUCGAUUGUGCAAUGAUCUAGGAACUACAGCGGCGGAAAGAGAAAGAGGCGAUGCAGCAUCAUCUACAGUGUGUUAUAUGAAUCAAAUGGAUGUGACAGAGGGAGCAGCAAGAAAGCACAUUGAAGAUAUAAUAAAGAGAGCUUGGAAAGAGAUAAAUGAACACUGCUUCACUCAAUAUGGUUGAACAUUUGUAAACCAAGCCAUGAAUGCUGCUCGUGUGGCACAUACUCUUUAUCAAAAUGGUGAUGGUUUUGGAACACAAGACGGGGACAUUAAGAAACAAAUAUUAUCAUUAGUUAUUGAACCCUUUCUUGAUAUAUGAAUGAAA